AUGGAUAUUGUGCUAGAGAUUUUUGAUUAUUAUCUUUUAGAUAAGACGUAUGCGUCCUUGUUACCACGGUCGUUGAAUAACACGAUUUCGGAUUCUAUCGGCAAACUAGGCGGAAAUGAAUUAACUUCUUCAUUCUAUAAGAAUUACAACGAAAACCAUAACAGCACAUUAACAUCUGCCUCGACAAGUUCGAAUUUGAAUGUUCCAUUGAGAGUUUUGUUGAAUAAAUUGCAAACUUUUCAGAACCCCGAUGAGGUGUACGGUGAAGUGCCAAAAUUGUUUCCACUUAACGACUUCACCAAUGAUUCCUUGCUUUUAAGAACGAACAUUUUCAGACAGGCAUUUUCGAUUUUUAUAAUAACAGCUGUCUUUGGGUGGUUGUUAUACUUCAGUGUUGCCUAUAUGUCAUAUCUUACUGUUUUUGACAAGAAAAUAUUUAAUCACCCUAGAUAUUUGAAAAAUCAAAUUUGGUUGGAGAUACAUAGGGCUACGACGGCAAUCCCUGUAAUGGUGUUGUUAACAGUUCCAUUCUUUUUGAUGGAAUUACAAGGCUUUUCUAAAUUAUACAUGGAAGUAAAUGAAUCUACCGGGGGUUGGAAAGCUAUUUUGUUACAGAUACCUCUGUUCAUUUUGUUCACUGAUUGUGGAAUUUAUUUUAUUCACAGGUGGUUACACUGGCCUUCGGUCUACAAGAUAUUGCAUAAGCCACAUCACAAAUGGAUUGUUUGUACUCCUUUUGCAUCUCACGCUUUUCACCCAGUUGAUGGAUGGGCACAAUCACUCCCAUAUCAUAUAUACCCAAUGAUUUUCCCAUUACACAAGGUGUCUUACUUAUUACUUUUCACGUUUGUUAAUUUUUGGACAGUUAUGAUUCACGACGGGCAAUACUUGUCAAAUGAUCCUGUAGUCAAUGGUACUGCUUGCCAUACUAUUCAUCAUUUAUAUUUCAAUUACAAUUAUGGACAGUUCACUACCUUGUGGGAUAGAUUAGGAAGAUCUUACAGAAGACCUGAUGACAAUUUGUUCGUUAAGGAUACCAAGAAGGAGGAAGAAGCAAGGUUGUGGAAAGAACAAACACAGAAGAUGGAAGAAAUUAGAGGUAAAUUAGAAGGAAAGGGUGAUGAUAGAGUAUAUCACUAA